AUUUUCCAUCUCAUGGGUUGGGUUAAAUUGAUUAUCAGCUGUGAAUAUGAAGCCGUGUGAUUAUCAAGUCAAUUGUUUUAUCUUGUGGAAGACUAAAGCUAAUUAAUUAAUUGUAAUUGUAAUUGUAAUUGUGAUUUCUAUUUUCCCCUCUACAUUAAUUAGUGAUUUAAUUUGCACUCAUUAAAGAAACCAGACAAUAGAAAAGUGAUAAUUCCCAAAGAACAUGGAAAAUUCUGAUUAAUUUUCUUGUUCCAUUCAAUCACUAAGCCUUUUCAACGUUUCUAUUUUUGCUUCUUGUUCCCUUUUUCACUGUGGUGUUAUUUUUGUUUGUCUAAUCAUUAAUUGUUAUCAUCACAAUUAACUGAUAUCAUCUAUUUCCAUUAAUUAUCUUCAUUUAUCAUCUACAUCAUCAUCAUCAUCGUUAUUUGCUUACAUUUGAAUAGAAUCUUUGCUUUUUAUUGUUAAUCGUCAUUCUCUUAUUUUCCAUCGUUUAACUUGUAACUUUUUCUAUAUUUUUCACUUUUUCUUUUAAUUUAAUUUCUAUUCUUUGUUAAUCAACAUAAACAGUUGUAUACUACAAGUUAAUUAUCUAAUUGUUUCAUUAGUUGGAGUAAUUUAAUAGACUAAUCAUCAUGUUCAACAGGGUAUUACGUUUGUCACAAUCGUCUAGAAAUCAAUUGACAACAUGGUUAUCGAAAGGUAAUUUGUCCAGUAGCAGUAAUAGUCGAGUACCUUUAUUGGAACCAGCGACAACAACCCAACAGGUAAUCGCUCGAGAGGAUAAAUAUGGUGCUCACAAUUAUCACCCACUUCCGGUUGCUAUUGAUCGUGGAUCUGGUGUUUUUGUUUGGGACAUUGAGGGUAGAAAAUAUUAUGAUUUUCUAUCGGCUUAUUCGUCACUUAAUCAAGGCCAUUGUCAUCCAAGAAUCUUGAAAGCGUUUCAAGAACAAGCCGGUAAAUUAACGCUUACAUCAAGAGCGUUUUAUAAUACAUCUUUAGGUGAAUUUGAAGAGUUUGUUACUAAACUGUUUGGAUACGAUAAGGUUUUACCAAUGAACGGAGGAGUUGACGCUUGUGAAACGGCCUGUAAAUUAGCCCGACGUUGGGGUUAUGAUGUAAAAGGUGUACCAACUAAUGAGGCGCGAAUACUGUUUGUCCAGAAUAAUUUUUGGGGACGAACCUUGGCCGCCAUUUCUUCAUCAACUGACCCUUCUAGUUACGCUGGUUUCGGACCUUACAUGCCCAAUUUUGAUACUGUUCCUUAUGACGAUUUACCCGCACUUGAAAGAUGGCUUUCAACCCAUAAAGAGACGGCAGUUGCCUUUAUGGUUGAGCCCAUUCAAGGUGAGGCCGGAGUUGUAGUUCCCUCCGAUGGUUAUCUUAAAGGAGCCCGAGAUCUGUGUACCAAAUACAAUGUCCUACUAAUCUGUGAUGAAAUUCAAACGGGACUUGGCCGAACGGGUAAAAUGUUAGCCGUUGACUACGAAGGAAUCAAACCAGACAUAAUCACCUUAGGAAAAGCACUUUCUGGUGGCUUUUAUCCCGUUUCCGCUGUUCUGGCCAAUGAUCCCGUUAUGUUAGUCAUUAAACCCGGUGAACAUGGUUCCACCUACGGAGGUAAUCCCUUAGCCGCCAAAAUUUCAAUCGAAGCCCUCAAGGUAAUACUCGAAGAGGGUUUAAUUGACAAUGCUUUCGCCAUGGGUAAUCUGUUACGUGAUGAACUUUCCAAGUUGGACAAUCGAGUCGUUAAAAUGGUUCGUGGUCGCGGCCUACUCAAUGCAAUUAUAAUCGAUUCCAAAUACGAUUCUUGGGAUUUGUGUUUAAAACUUAAGGAAAACGGCCUAUUAGCUAAACCGACUCAUGGUGAUAAAAUCCGUUUGGCUCCACCUUUAACUAUUAAUCAAGAGCAAAUUGUUGAUUGUUGUAACAUCAUUAAGAAAACAAUUGAAGCCUUACCAUGAAAAUUUAAUCAAUUUCAAUCAGUCAACUUUAAAUUGUUUUAAAAGCUCAAAGUGCAUUAAUCAAAAAUCCUAACAACAAUCAGCAACUUCGGUCUCUUGAUUCAAUAGACAAUCCAAAUACUAACCUUAAUCUGAUUACUUGAUUUUGUUGCUCUUUCUUCAAUAACGAUUGAUAAUAAUUGUUAGAUUCACUGUUUCGAUCCAACAAAUCAUUUUAAUUAUCUUCUCUUAUCCAAAUUAAUUUGAAUGAUUACCAAUCCAAGCCGAUAAUAAUGUUACAAAUGACAACAACAAAUCUAUUGUAUUUUGUUACCUGAUCACAAUCUAAUUGUUGUAUAACAAUUAACGAUUGUGGUUAAUUUAUUAUUAUUUUUGGUAAUCAGCUCAUUCGACAAUGAUCUUAAUUGUAAUCAACACCUAAAGAUUGAUGAUUUUAUUGAAAUAAAAACAGUAAAAUUAAAUUUAAACAAAUGA